AUGCCAUCCUUCACAGAAGCCAGGAGGGCCUCCUCAUAUGAGGAGCUACGGGACCCGGAGAGGAGACCACCCGUGCCAAUUGUGAUGAGGAUGAUGAAGUACUGGCUGUGGGGUCUUGUGUGCGGCACCUCUUUAAUGCUCGGCGACGUGUUGGCCACCUACCAGCUGAAUGCACAGAGCUUUGCGCAGAGCAGAAACAAUGGACGACCACCCACGAGGACGCUCGACACAGCAAUUCAUCGAGGUGACUACACGUAUAGAAGAGAUUAUCACUACCACUACCAGCCACCGAGGAUCUCUCCACCGGUAGUGUAUCGACCUUAUCCAUUAUCUCCUCCAGUGACUUACCACAGACCCUCGGUCCCUAUGUGGUCCUAUCAGCACAAAUUCAAAGGGCAUCUCCAGGUGCCCCAUGGUCUUACCCCACCUGUAGUGCACUACCCUCAACAUAUACCCAAAGGUUAUUAUUACCCCAAAAUCCCAUGUCCGACCAGAGCCACGGUGGCAACUAAACCUUUGGUACAUCUCUCAACCGUCCCUCCAACCCAACGACUAACCACGACGGCACCGACUGUGCCACCGACGACGACCGCAAGCACCACGCCAGCAGUGAGCACCACUUUGGCACCAGAGGAGAGCACCGAGUCACCAGAGUGCACGAGCCGCCUCUUGGACCUGGUCUUCAUCAUUGACAGCUCACGGAGCAUCCGCCCCAGUGAUUUUGAGAAGGUCAAGACGUUCCUGGCGCUUAUGGUCGACACGUUGGUGGUAGGCACGGACGCCACCAGAUUGGCCGUGGUCAACUACGCCAGCACGGUCAAGAUCGAGUUCCUGCUAAAAGACCACUUCAACAAGGCCGACAUGAAGAAAGCCAUCUCCCGCAUCAAGCCCCUGGCCGCCGGCACCAUGACGGGCCUGGCCAUCGAGAAGGCCGUCAAGGAAGUUUUCACCGAGGAGUCCGGAGCCCGGCCUCAUUCCCGGAACAUUGCCAAGGUGGCAAUCAUCGUGACGGACGGGAGGCCUCAGGACCACGUGGAGGAGAUCUCCGCCACGGCCCGCGCCCAAGGCAUCGAGAUCUACGCUAUCGGGGUGGACGACGCCGACAUGGCGUCUCUGAAGCAGAUGGCCAGCUUGCCUCUGGAAGACCACGUCUUCUACGUGGAGACCUACGGUGUUAUUGAGAAGCUCACCUCCAAGUUUCGGGAGACCCUGUGUGGUAUGGACCCCUGCAGCACCGGAAACGACUGCGAGCACAUUUGUGUCAACAACGUUGCCUCCUAUUACUGCAAGUGCCGUACCGGUUAUAUCCUCAAUGCCGACCGGAGAACAUGUUCCCUGAAACAGGUGAAGGCGGUGGUUGUGGAUCCAUGCAAGUGUGAAGCCAGACUGGCUUUCCAGAAGCAGACGCAGGUUACCGUGCAGCAGCUUACUGCCAAGCUCGCUGAUGUAGCAGGGAGAAUAGAACGCCUUGAGGAAACGUUGGGCCGUGUGUGA